AUGAGCUCCGUUCAAACAAUUGCCUUGCCUCGUGCUGCAGCACAUCCUCUCCGACGAACCCUCCUCUUCUCCACCCGCCGCUCGUUCACAUCGUCAUAUAACCGCCGAGUAGCCGAAGACAACAACAGCAACAAGAGUCCUUUCGGUGGCGGACCAGCACCUCCACGACUUCCAAAGGAAGAGCAGGAGAUUUUCGAGAGACUUCAAAGGCAGUCAACAGGCGCUUUCAGCACACCCAAAGUCAACCAGUCCCCCGAUUCGCAAGCAGCCGACCGGGAUUCGUCGAGUAAAGAAGAGCCGUUAUACCCGCAUUUACGGCAGGCUGCGCAGCCCGAAUUCGAAGGAGAGAAGAAUCCAAAGACUGGGGAGAUUGGGGGCCCUAAGAAUGAGCCUUUGCGCUGGGGUCAUCAAGGGGACUGGAGCUAUAAUGGUCGGGUAACGGACUUUUGA